UUAGUUUUUAGAUUCGCUUCUGUUAGUCCCCAGUCUUCCUCACGUUUCUCGCGCCUUCGGCCUUCUUGUGGCAGUUCGUUUAUAACUCUUAUCGCAAUCAGUCGUUCUUUCUGUGCAAGAGACAGAAAAUUGGAGCCCUCGGAGAGAUCACUUUCUCUACAUUGGUUUGUUUGUGUCUAAUCGAUUGCAGAUGAAAAGAGGAUCAAGAAAGAGAUGGAUUCUUUGAAGAAACCAGGCAUUUUAGACCGAUUAAAUGCUGGCGAAGUUAUCAUCUGCGAUGGAGGAUGUACACAUGCUUUUGAGCGAAGAGGAUAUGUGACCGCCGGCGCUUACACACCAGAAGUAGUUCUCGAGUAUCCCAGUGCAGUAACAGAGCUCCAUCGUGAAUUUGCACUGUGUGGUGCGGACUUACUGGAAGCAUUUGCAUUCAAUGGAACAGAUGAAAAUUUAAACAGAUGUAGAACAAAUGAGACUAAACUGGUUGCCAAAGAUGUGAGUGAUGCCGGCUGUAAACUGGUUAUAGAAGUUGCUAAAGAGUAUGGGUGUUUGGUAGCAGGCCCAAUAUCACCAACGGACUCUUUUGGAAAGAAUAUGGGAAAGGAAAAAGUUCAGAGAGAGUUUCAAGCACAGGUUGAUGUGUUUAAAUCGCAAAAUAUGGACUUGUUAAUUGCAGAGUAUUUUAGUUAUAUUGAAGAAGCGGAGUGGGCUGUUGAAGUUAUGAAAAGCACUGGAGCACCUGUAGCCAUUUCUCUUUGCAUUGGACCACUUGGUGAUUGUAACGGCGUUUCAGUCGAAGAAUGUGGAAUAAGGCUUGCCAAGACAGGAGCUGAUAUAAUUGGCACUAAUUGUCGAUUCGAUCCAGACAUGUGUUUGGACACUUUGAUUCGAAUGAAGAAAGCUGUUGAAAACGAGGGAAUGAAGAAACACUGGAUUUGUCAACCUUUAGGAUACCGAACGGCUGAUGCUGGAAUACGGGGUUUCGAGGACCUCCCGGAAGCUGUCCUGGCUUUAGAAUCUCGAUUAAUUUCACGUUGGGAUGCCCAUAAAUUUGCAAGGAGAGCUUAUGAAGCAGGUGUACGUUUCAUAGGAGGCUGUUGUGGUUUCGAACCCUAUCAUAUCAGAGCAAUGGCUGAAGAGCUACACAAGGAAAGAGGUCGUCUACCUAAAAACAGUCGUGGACUUUAUGGUAGCUCGUUAAAGCAUCAUCACAAUCCAAUAGUUCAGGAAAGAGCAAAUAAGGAGUAUUGGUAUAAUUUGAUUCCAUCGGAUGGAAGAAAGAAACUUGAAUAAUGACAACACAUUUUCCUAGAUUUUUAUAAAUGUUAUAUUUUCCCUGGGAUUUUGAUAAUGUAUUUUUUUGUUCUAUUAUACAAAUACAAAAAUAAAAAAUUAA